CCUCGGCUUACCAAUAGUUCUACCAUGAUGCGUUCUGUGUCAAAGAGGCGUAGCCACCCGCAAACAAGAAGUCUACAGCAUCACCAUGGCUUCUCCUAGCAUGUCGCGAACGUGCGCACGAGCACUACGAUCAUCCUCACGAAGCGCGUUCCGCACAACUAGAUCCACUUCCUCACAGCGAAGGUUCCACGCCGCAGCGCCACUAUACCUUGAUUUCCUCGCCCCAUCAUGGCAGCAAUCACAAGCCUGUCGAACAACACACGCGCACAGUCGUGGCUAUGAACUACCGCGAACCCAUUCGCACAAUGCGCGAACGUCUCACCUGACUCAAAAACACCACUUCUCCACCACUCGACAGCAUCGCGGACCCGCGAAAGCGAUCCUCAACGCCAAACAGGACUCCUCUGGCCAACCCAUGACCAUAAAUAUCACUCCUCGCGCCGCCCACCGUCUUCAAAAUAUCGCCUCCAAAGACUCCAAUCCGAACACAGCCUUACGCGUCAGCGUGGAAAGUGGAGGUUGUCAUGGCUUUCAAUAUCUCAUGAGUCUUAUAGACGUCAAAGACAUCGAUCAGGAAGAAGACGUGGUGUUUGAGAACGAGGAGCGGAUAGGAGGAAGUGAAGGGGAGGGAGACGGAUACAAAGCGAAAGUGGUCAUGGACGAGCCGAGUCUGGAACUACUGAAUGGGAGUAGCGUGGACUAUACGAUGGAAUUGAUUGGGAGUCAGUUUAAGGUCACGGGGAUACCGGGGGCGAAGAGUAGUUGUGGGUGUGGGACGAGUUUUGAUAUUGCGGCUUGAGAUACUGGGAAGAGAGUGUGAAGGAAAAAUCAGCUUCCGUAAAAGAUGCUAGCCUUGAUGGUUUGAGAGACAAAUGGACAACGCUCUAUUGCGCUUCAUGAACAUCGGGAUUCUCUGGGUGUUUCUAUACGUUCGACUCGGCGAAGAUCUGGUCAGAAGCUAUGAACUGACAUAUGCUCACACCCAUUGCCACUGCAGGUAGCUGCUGCUACCCACUAGCACGAACCAGAGCAGUGAUUGCUGGCCAAGUGAUUGCUGAAGCAGUGAAUUUUUGGGCGACUGUCUGCAUGGCACAAAAGAUGCCUGGCGGUCUGUGUGGUGUUCCACGUCACGUCUGCAUAUAUGUAGCUUUCCGAAUCAGCGCCAUAUGCCCAUGCACGCAUGCUAUACACUUCUGAAGUGGAUCGUCGACUGCCUGCGAUACGCUUGUUCGAAGCGCGUGGAAAUACGUCGGGUUCAUGCAGCGGGUAUGGCACACUUCCAUAUUCGAGUGUG